GUAGCGUAGCCCGUUCGCUUGGACGGGACGGAUCGAUUGUACAAACACCACUGCCAGCAGGAGCCUGGCCAGAGCCAACGAGCAGAAAGCGCUUUUCUGUGGAAUGCAGGCCAGAGAAAAGAAGAAACUAAAUAUACGAUUUCAUUCGAAUUCAUGUGCGGAACCGCGCAGGAGGUGACUCCAAUUCGUCGUCUAUCCGAGGUGCCCUCAUCAUCCAAGAGCCUUGUUCUAAUCGAAACGAUAACAAAGCUCUCUGUCUAGGAGCUCUGAGCUCACAGAACUGUUCUUUCAGUGCAUGCAGUGGACACAGGUGACUUAGAACGAGACUUCAAGCUCGCUUUUGGGAUUGAAGAACAGUUUGAAUUCAUGGCGUGAAAGUGUCGGGUUCAGGUUUUUUUAAUGUGAGGUGUCCACCUGAAAAGUGAAACGUUUCGAAGGUUUUUUUUCGCUGGUUCGCGUGUUUAGUCCUCGGAUGCGAAUUUCCGAACUGAGCGUAGUCAAGUGAAUUUAUAAGCAGGAAAAGGAAACUUGGGUGUUUUUGCGAUUCGUUUUUUGGGUUUCAUUGAGAAACCAACAGCCGGUGAAGAUCAAGUGUACGAAUGAAUGAUGCACACCGUGAAAUGGAUGUGAAAACAGAAAAGAUAAUUCCUUAAUUUGGGUAGAAGAAGUGUGCAGCGAAGCAAACAAUUUUCGGAAGUUUCAAUUUUUGUGUGAGCGUUUUGCAUCGAUUUCGACGAUUUGGAGUUGCAAGAUCAUUUUAUGCAACCAUGCCUCUGGAAUGCCCAUUGAUCGUGGAUGAAUCGUCGGAAAAUAAGAAUGCAGCAGUUCAGUGAUCUUGCUACAUCUUAGCAUAGCAGUACGUAACCUAAGGGGUAUAACCGACGACAUUAAAUGGAGUCAGUGGUCUUGGUUGGAUGAUUCUUUUCUCGAUUCGAAACGAAAGAGCAGCAUAGUGUUGUGGUGUGGUUAGGCGGUGCAUUUGUGGCCAGUGAAGAAGACGUACGGCCAACGGGAACAACAACACCGACUACUGCUAACGUCUCCGGUGAAUGUCUCAAGUGUGGAACAGUUUGUGUGAGAAGUGACCAUCCAACAGAAGUGGCAAAGAAGAAUGGCAUCGAUUGCAGCGAAAAUAAUAACAGCUUACAACAGACGAAAAUUAUAAGCAAGGAAACGGACUGGAUUCUACUGGAAAGCGGUUUGCGUAAAAAGAGCAUUUCAUAAGGUUCCUACUCAGCAAUUUCUACAGAAACCAUCAGGAGUUCUUCCAAAGAUCAUUGCAGGAGUAUUCCCGAGGACUUCUGCACAAGUGAAAGCAGAUCGAUCAAUCCGAAGCCAACCCAAACCAUAAUCCCGACCAAACACAUGCGAGGAAUUUGAAUGAGCAGUGAUCGUUGGCUGACUUAGCUACGCUUAUCGAAGGGGCGCGGUACGGAUUGGCCUGUGGCUUAAUUCCGCAACGCCCGCCUCCUUAUUUGUUUCUGUGCCCCCAAGGCAGAAGUCAGUCAGUCCGUUUCUAUCGAAAGGAAAAGUGUGCGACGUGAGGUCGUCUCGUGGAGUGAGAGUGAUUGAUAUGGAUAUGUCACUGUGUGUUUAGGUUAAUCGCGCCCGAUAAAACGAAACGUGUGGCAGUCGUCGUCGUCGUCGUCGGUACCGUUGGGAAAUUAUGGUAUCCAUUCGCAAAACGAUUACGAACAACAACUAAUGCAACGAACAGCAACUGCAACAGUUUUAUGAUUGUUUCAAUGCCAACCGCAAUACCGAAGAGUACGCAUCGACAAUGAAGCCGGACAGUCCGGAUAUCGGGCCAGUUGCGGUCGAAAAGCAGCCACUUGGAGAGAUCACCAAUACCGGUGGAGGUGAUGGAAGUAGCACCGGCGGCGGUACUUUGAAGUGGAACAGUUCCAAUUCCAGCCUGAGCAGUACGAGUGAUAGGAAGAGCACAUUCUACACUGAAAUAGAACCUAAGACUAUGAGCGAUACGGCAAACGACGAUAGUUACUCGACGACUACAGAGGUGCGCAAUGCGGAGGUCAUAAGCUCCGAUGCAGACGAUCGGAGUGUCAUCAUGGGAGGAACUUUACCGCUCAGAGGAUCGUCCGCAACGCUACCAACGAAUGUGGCUGGUAAAAAACGUCGCUGCGUUAGCACCCUGGAGGGGGUGAUCAGCACUAAGAACCACCUGAAGCUAGUCAGUAAAGAGUUGGACUGGGAGCGCAAGUUCCGGGAUGAUCAGCUUUCGAGAAUACUGAAAGCGUUGAUCUAUUUCGAAACUCGGCUCAAGAACGAGCACAAGCUGAUCAAGCAGCAACUGCACGAGAAGGACGACGUGAUCAAUCGACAGAGCUGCACAAUCAAUCGGAUGAAACGGAAGCUCGGGGAGGACGCCAAAGGGGAAUUUUCCGACGAAGAUCUGCCGGACGUGGCGCAGUUUUGUCCGAAGUGUCGCAAAUGCUACUAUGGGGUAGAGUUUCGCUGCAGUGGAACGCAAACCGUAGAGUAUCGAGACGACGGAACAGAGAGUGUGAAUACGGAGAAUCUCUCGCUGAACAGCGUGGAGUACGCUUCGUCGAGCGAGGAGCAGGACUCGUCGCUAUACGUUCGUGCCAAUUCGUUCAAGGAUGCUCGACGCAGCCGCAAGUACACGAGCAAACGGUCCUACCAAGGAUACUCGCGACCUUCGCGGAACAGUAGCUUCAAAAGUACCACCAGCAGUAUCAACGGGAGUAAGUUGCUUGGGUUGGGACUCGGUAGCGCUGCCGUAGCAAUCGAAAACUACGAAAACAUCGAACCAAAUAAGAAUGUGCCUAAAAUUGUGAUCUACGAAAACUACGAAAGCGAUAAGGAAAAUAAAGCGAUGGUCGACGAUGCGAAUAAUUACGACCUGGUUGAACCGUCCUACUCGAAUAGGAUGGAGUCGAUGCAUGGAAUUAAAAGUAACUUGAAGGCGAGUGAAGACAACGAUGCUAGGCUGCUGGACGACGAUAACAUUAUUUAUGAGGAAGAAACGAGUGGGAAACAUCCCAGCAGAAAUCAGCAAAAGUACACAGAAGGAAUGGAAAUGAAGCAAACUAUCGAAACCAACGACGAUUGGUAUGCAAGUGCCAGCGAUAUGGAGGACUCGGAUUCAGCUCUAGGAAAGCCGUACAGCAAUGCUGCUGUAAAUCCUGUGCUGGAAUGUGUUAAUCAGAUACUUCUUCAACAAUCGAUGGAUGGAUUUGGAGAGAAAAAGGGCGCGUCCAACGAAAACGACGAUGAUAUGUACAUCAAAGCACAAGAGCCACCAAAAGAACCAACUCAGGUUCGAUCCAAGCGUGUACAUUUCUCCACUCAAAACAGCAUGGUUCAGGUUCCGCGGAUCAGUCUACAAUCGACACCGGUAUCCCGUAAGGAAGACAAGGCAUCUCCUACAUACGAAAUUCAGAGCAUUUACAGCAACGAGUAUGAACCCAUUGGGUCGGAGCAGAACUCGUAUUCCAACUAUUAUGUCGAUAUGGAAUCCAAGCUUGGUUCGGAAGAUCGUGAAAGAGAACUAGCAGCAGCUGAGAAACGUAAAAUUCCACCGGCCUUACCACCCAAACCUGCCAAUCUAAUGAAAUUACAGCAAAUAUCCAAACAACGAAUGGUUCAAAUCAAAACUAAACCGACUUCCGGUAACAGCGAUAUCGCCGAGUCUGAACCGGAUUACUGCUCAAUCAGUGAGAUACAGGACUCAGUCAAAUGUGUUCAAAUAGUAGCGGAGAUUCAUAAGGAAGCCUGCGAGGACGAUUACUCGGUUGUUGAUGAAGAAAUUGAGGAAACUGAAAGCAAGAAGAGCACUGAUCCGGAGGAAUCCUUUGCAGACGUGCCCAAGUUGCCAAACGUGACUGAAAUUGUACCCCCGAAGAAGGAACCCGCCGCUAAGUUCAUAAGCCACGAUAACUACAUUACAAAGUCCACCAAAGGAACACCGGUGAAGACGAAAGGAACCCCUACGAAGAAAGAUGGCGAGUUCAGAGAACAGCUAUCGGAGAUUCUGGCAGAGAUCAAUAAGCAGUCCCCAGCGAUACGAAAUGCUUCGAAAAAACACGUCCCAGUCAAAGAUCUGGGUGUGGGAUUCAAAAACGCUAGCAACAUUCCAACAUUGGGUUAUCAAUCUAAGCUGAGAUCCGUAGACAAGAUGAGUUUCCUUAGCAAGAUGAACUCUGGGUCCUUGUCGAAUCUUAACAUGAGUGUAAAACUCAACGGAUCACUGCCGAAACCCAGUAAACCCCUUGCAUUCAAAUCAAGCCUACAGUCAAAGCCUCUGAGUACAAAUCUGAAUUCUUCCGGCAGCCUGAACCAACUGAUAAUAACCAGCCCCAGCAAAACCGGAUCAUUCAUACCGAAUUUGAAAUCUCCCGGAACACCAAUCUCGCAGAAUGGAUCAUCUCCAAAAACAUCGCCGGUCAAAAAGUCUCCGGCGCCCCCCGUAAUCAUAGCCGAGGACAGCAAACUACCGCUACAGGCUGAGUUCGACUGGUACAAUUUGGACGCCGAGUAUGGCAAAUCCAACCAACCGGACAUCAUCGUCGAGGCCGACUCCGGUAACGCAUCCGAGACGCAAACCGAUAAAACUCCGGAUGAAUCCAACUCGGUCAACGGUCACAGUUCGGAGGCUAGUGGAAGUGACUUGGAAAACGUGGAAUACAACCUAGACGAGGCAUACAAAUCGAUGCCGCCAAUCGUGCAACCACCGGACAUCAUCCAGAAGAACUCGUCCAUCGCUACGACUCCGCCUAAAAACGGCAAGAUCCCGUACAACAGUUUGUCGUUCAAAGAGCUGAUGACGUUGAACGAGACGCCCAAAAUCGAGAAGAUGAAAUCAUCCUCGGUUGAUGCAACCAAUGGGAACUACGAACACUUUCUGGACGAUUCCGGGCUGUGCUCGAAGCCGAUCAUCCUACCGCGAAAGAAGCGCAUGUACUACUCGGGUCCGUUUGUGUAAUCGGAGGUUCCAUGUGAACGACCUUGAGCCGCCGACUGUCGGCAAUUUAUUUAGGAAAUCCCCAGUGGCCGUUGUUGUUUACUUGUGUAGACUAGCUCUAGCUCUGUAGGUUGUUGUACGAAAUUCCGUUUUCCACGCACGUAUUUGUGGCGUGAAAUUAGUUCAGUAGUUCAAUGAAUUUCUGUACGCGAUGGUCGUUCCCAUCUAUGAAUGUGAUUGUGCGGUGGUGGUUGCUUGCGUUGGCGAAAACCUGUGCGGAAUUUCGAUCACUUGCCGGCGAAAGCGAAAUUUUUGCUGAAUAGAUUAAUUCGUGGGGGACGCUAUGUGCAGAUUGGGAAAUGUUUACGUCUGAUGAAAUGAUGGAAUGUAAUUGGUGUCCAUGGGAUUGUGGGCAUGAGAGCGGUUCCUCAUGGGUGUAAAGAGAUUUUGCAAUCGGCUUGGAUUGCAGUGUCUAUGUUUAGGAUGGUUUCACGUAAUUUAUCAUCUAUUGUAUUAAAAGUAGUUUUCUAUAUAUCGUGGUAAAUUUGCAAAAUUGGAUCUAAUAGCAAAAGCUUGCACAGUUCAAGUUGCUCUUAAGUAUUUCAUUAACACUAGACCCCAGCUUUCACAUGAUCAAGGAGCUUGGUGAUGCUAGUUACAGUUUGAUUUCAGUCAGUAAAUUUUAGGAUUGCGAAAUAUUACACAUUAUUUUAGAAUGAUUUGACAUUAUUCCGGCUCGCCCUCAAUUUUCACGCAAAAACAUCUACUUUUUAACACUUUUAGCACCCUGAUUCUCCAAAAA